AUGGUCCGCAACUUGGUCGUCCUGGGCGGCAGCUCACACCCUGAGCUGACCGAGACAAUCUGCAACCACCUCGGUAUUCCUCCAGCAAACAUCCUCCUCAGCAAGUUCGCUGUAGGAGAGACUCGCGUCGAGAUCAUGGACUCGGUCAGAGGAAAGGAUGUUUUCAUCAUCCAAUCUGGCGGCGGCAAGGUCAACGACCACCUGAUGGAGCUUCUCAUCACCAUCUCGGCCUGCAAGACCGCGUCCGCUAAGCGCGUCACCGCCGUUCUUCCUCUCUUCCCCUACUCGAGACAAAGCGACAUUCCUUACAACAAGACUGGCGCUCCUCUGGCCAAGGCUCCUACUCAAUUGAACCGCAAUGGCAACUACACCUUCGACAGCAGACCUCAAACGCCUAUGCCAGGUCAAGUAGAAAGUGCUGGAAUGAAGGGUGGCCCGGAGAAUUUGCACAAGAAGCUGAUGGACAUGCAAUUGCGCGACAACGGCGAUGGCCAGCGUAGCCGUAGUCCUGUCAAGAUGCCUCGCCGCUCGACAAUGGAGUCCGUUUCCUCUGAAAAGUCCGACUACUUCGACGACAAUUCUCUCACACCUACCGUGACCAAUGGAAGCGCCAACGGUGACAAGCCUGUAGCUAAGUUCCACAAGGCUCCUCCUCACUUUGAGCCCCAAAGAGGUUACAAGCAAUGGGUCGCUCAGGCGGGUACUCUUGUUGCCGACCUUCUUACCUGCGCUGGCGCUGAUCACAUCAUCACAAUGGACCUUCACGACCCUCAAUAUCAAGGUUUCUUCGACAUCCCAGUCGACAACUUGUACGGCAAGCACCUCUUGCGCAAGUACAUCCAGUUCCACAUUCCUCAGUACCAGAACGCUGUCAUCGUCAGUCCGGAUGCUGGUGGUGCCAAACGCGCAACUGCCAUUGCCGAUGCUCUUGGUAUGCCCUUCGCGCUCAUUCACAAGGAGCGUCGCCCGACUCAGAUCACCGAUCGCCAGAAUGCGACAAUGAUGCUGGUAGGUGAUGUCGCAGACCGUGUCGCCAUUCUUGUCGACGAUCUGGCCGACACUUCCAACACCAUCACUCGCGCAGCCAAGCUCUUGAAGAAGGAGGGUGCCAGCAAGGUCAUUGCUCUUGUUACUCACGGCGUGCUGAGUGGUGAUGCCAUCGACCGCAUCAAUGCUAGUGCCAUUGACAAGGUCGUCGUCACCAACAGCGUUGACCAAGAGGAGAACAAGAAGCGUUGUUCGAAGCUGGAGGUUCUCGAAGUAGGAAACGUCUUCGCCGAGGCCAUCAGAAGAGUCCACCACGGCGAGAGUAUCAGUGUUUUGUUCCACGACUAG